AUCACUCUCAAUUGAACUUUGUAAGAAAGCAUGCAGUACUAGUACUACGCGCAGUCUACAAGUACUCCGAAUAGUUUCUUUGGUUUUAGCUGCAAUCUAUAUAAACCUACUCCAAAAAACCUACAAGGAAGCCUACUUCAAAAGCUCUCUCUCUCUCUCUCUCUCUCUCUCUCCCAUAUUUACACACAUCAAGCGGGCGAUGCAGUCCAUUAAGGCAGAAAAGGAUAUUAUUUUAAAGCAUAAGAGAAAUGGGGAGUUGUACCGAGCUUUGUUGAAUGACAAAACGAAGAAGGUGAAAAAAGAAUGUGCCAAAGUUGAUGAGCAAGGAUUACAUAUAUUGACAAUACAUGAUGACACUGUGCUACAUGCGGCCACUUACUCCAGAAAAUCCCGAUUGGUACUCGACCUUCUAGAGGCAUUGCCUCCCGAUCAUCUCGAUAAAAUGACCCGCCAAAACCACCAAGGAAAUACCAUCCUCCAUGACGCGGCCACAUCCGACAACCUUGAUGUGGCACAGAAGGUGUUGGAGAAAGCUCCGGGACUCUUAAGCAUGCGUAACCACCUUGGAGAAACCGCGCUCUUUCGGUCUGUUCGCUAUGGCAAGGAAAAGAUAUUCAACUUUCUUCUGGAGAAAAUUUCCAGUUACAGUGAAGCUAAUCAGCAACUCUUCCUUUGGAGGAGUGAUAAAACCACCAUUCUUCACGUUGCCAUUCUUGCGCAUCAUUUUGAUUUGGCCCUUAAAAUUGCGGAAAAGUUCAAAUACUUGGUUAAUGAAAGAGACGCGGAUGGGAUGACCAGUCUUCAACAUCUAUCAUGCAACCCUGGAGCUUUUCUACGAGAGGAUAAAGUGGAAUUCCUCCAGAAUAUCUUCAAUUCUAUCAGGUUACACUGUAGCUCGGCUAUACAGUCAAAAGUUGAAGAGCAAGAGACUACUCGAUAUGAAUCAGCUAUGAAGCUUGCCAAGUUCUUAAUAGAAAAAGAUUUCUCUUGGGAGGCAACUUAUCCUGGAAUAGACAUGAGUAAGCCCACGCUUCAUAAAUAUGGUACUGGGAGUCAUAGCGUAGAGAAGGGAGUUGGACAAGCCCCCGGCCUGUUAAUGACUUCGCUUGGUCAAAGGGAUCAACCAGACACAACUACUCCUUUAUUUUUGGCAACAAAGUCGGGCUGCAUAGACAUUGCGGAAGAAAUCCUGAAUUGUUACCCCCAGGCAAUUGAGCAUAUUGACGAGAAAGGGCGAAAUAUAUUGCAUAUAGCGAUCAAGUAUCGCCAGUUAAAGAUUUUUGAGCUUGUGAAGGGAUAUGAAGUGCCAAUGAAGAGGCUGGUACGAAAAGUUGACGAUGAAGGAAAUUCAAUACUUCAUACAGUUGGAAUAAAAAUGGCAGAUUAUAUACCCGAGAAACUACGAGGCCCUGCACUUGAAUUGCGAGAGGAAAUGCUGUGGUUUGAGCGUGUGAAGUCAGUCACCCCACCCCAUUUCGUUGAUCACCGUAACGAUAUGAAGCUGACCGCUGACGGGUUAUUUUAUCAAGCGAACAAUGAAUUACGAACAGCAGCAACAGAAUGGCUAAAGCGGACAGCAGAAGGAUGCACCGUUGUGGCAGUUCUCAUUGCUACCGUUGCCUUUGCUGCAGCCUAUACAGUACCUGGAGGUCCUAAUAGUCAGACCGGUGCUCCACUCCUAGUCAACAAACCUUUCUUUGUUGUUUUUACGGUGACUGAUGUUCUUUCCCUUUCAUUUGCUUUGACGUCAGUGGUAAUAUUUCUCUCAAUCGUCUCAUCGCCAUUUCGAUUACCAGACUUUAAGGAAUCUCUUCCAACUAAAUUAAUGCUAGGCUUCACAUUUCUGUUCCUCUCUGUGUUCAUGAUGAUGGUUGCGUUUGCAGCGACCGUUCUUCUCAUGAUACAGAACAGGGAAAACUGGACAAAAGUUAUCCUAUAUGCACUGUCAUUCCUACCAGUCGGAAUCUUUGCACUUUCGUAUUUCCCUCUCUAUCUUUCACUUUCAGAAACCUUCAAGUAUUUGUUAUGGAAACUGGGGAAGGCAAUUCCCCGAGCCUUUCUAUUCCAGUGCUAUCAAGUUUGACCAAUUUGUCCCUUUGUAGUACAGAUCGAAGCAAUUUCCGUACCCUUCAGCGUCAACAAAGUCACAACCGGCACCAGGAGAGAUCACAAGAUCAUUUUUGUUCCCCAGACGCCAAUCACAACUCCAAUUUCUCAGUUUGAAGGGACUUACCGUGCAUAAUGACAUUGGUCCGUCGGAAUGUACAGUACUAUAUAUAUAUAUAAAUGUGUAUAUAUAUAUAUAUAUAUAUAUCUUUGCAACACUGCAAUUUUGGAAAAUAUGGUUUGGAAAAUAAAGAAAAUUAAUGGAAAUAUAUAUAUAUAUAUAUUAUAUAUAUAUAAGGCAAAUUGCAAAUUAUAUUUAUGUGGCUCAGAUCAGCUGGAGUUUAAUUGGGAGCUGGGAAUGGAAUGGAAAAAAUAGAGAUUUUCUAGAAUAUAUAGUUCGUUCUUUCCAGCAUGAUUUGGGAGUUUAAUUGGCCGGAGGGAUCGAAUGGAAUGGAAUGGACAUUAUCUUGUUUAGAUGUUUAAUUAAAACGGAAUGAAAUUAUGGGUGGAAGACAAAUGAUCUCAUUCGCUUCAUAAUUUCCCAAAUAAUUUGGAGGAAGAGAGAGGAUGGAAGGAGGGUUAUUGACCAAAAUCACUAUAUAUAAUAUCUUUUAUAUUU